UUGUCCCAAAUGUUUACAUUCAUCUUCCACCGAAUGCAUUUUUCAUUGUAUGUACGCGCUUCCUCUUCACAAACAUUGGCAAACAAUUCCAAACCCACAAUGACAAUUGCCUGUAAUAUCUGAACAACAAAGAAAUAUCCCACAACCUCAAAAACUCAAGUGAAUUUGUGUAUAUUGAUUUGGUUCAGUGCUCCAAAAACAUAAAAAAAAAAACAUGGGUGGUUAUGUGAGUAAAAUAGCGUGGAUGUCAAAUGCAGCAGUGAAUUCGGUUGUUCGUGGCCGAAAGAGAAAAUGUAUCGAAGAAGAUGAUUGUGAUUCAGACUCGGAUUUUAUUGACAAAACUUUACAAACUCCAAAAAGGAAAAAAUUAUUAACAACUGCCCAGUAUAUAUACAAAACCCUAUUUCAAGAGGAAAAAGCUAGUGAUAUAACAGUUUUCAUCUUGGGAAAACCAUGGAGGCUACACAAAGUUUAUAUAAGUCAAAGUCCUUAUUUUGCGAGCAUGUUCUCCGGCUCGUGGAAAGAAGCACAUCAAAAAAUUGUGCAUGUGGAGCUUGCCGAUCCCAAUAUAAGUCGAGAAUCUCUUUCAGUCGUAUUAGGAUCAUUCUACCAGGACGAGGUCAGUCUCGAGCCCAAAGACGUCAUUUCGAUUUUAGCAACGUCAACAAUGUUCCAGUUACAGGGGUUGAUUGAUCAGUGUACCGAGAUAAUGAUCGAAACGACAAAUAUAAAGACCGUCGUACCUUACUAUAAUGCAGCUGUAUCCUACGGUGUUCCAGCAGCUAAGAGAGCAGCAAAGAAAUGGUUGGAAGUCAAUCUUCUUGGCUAUGGCUGGAGAUUUCCCUCAUUCCUGAAGGAAUUGACGCCUGAUAUUAUGGUGGAAUUGAUUGAAAGCCCUGAUUUAGUCGCCUGGCAGACGGAAUUUUGUAUUUACAUGAUGUUAAGAGAAUGGCUUUUCGUGCAUAUAGAAGAUAAAUAUCAGGCACUCCAGGUCGACGAAUACUUUAAAACGCACACAUGGACAGAACCCCUUCUCUCUACUGAAGAAGGAAAAAAAUAUUCAGCUCCUUUCAAAGCUUUGAGGAUGAAACAUCUUUUAUUGCACGAUCAGGAUGUAAAAAUCCUAUAUAGUGAUAAUUUAAUACCAGCUGAGUGGUUACACGGUGCCUAUAAAGAACAGUGGUUACAUUUAUUGCGAAUUGAUGCCAAUAUUGAUCGAGGGCCAAAAGAAAUGACCGAGGAAGAAUUCUUUAAGGAAUGCUUCAGGUGUGGAAGAUGUGUAGAAAAACCAGGCGAACACAUUUGGAGGUGGACGGCUUUUCAUUUCGGAUUAGACCUUGUUGUUUACUUGGAUACUACAUCCUUGAGGAUACGAAGGAAUCAUCGUUUGGAUACAGACCAUAUUACGAUAAAUCAGAGGAAAAGGAAUAUAAUAAUAAAAGUUUGUUUAAUAUCUCUGGAUGAGCAACGACAGAUAAAACACAUGCAGGACACUGGAAUUCUACGAAUUUCUCUACACAAAAAUGAAGAGAAACAAAUAAUGGUAUUGGAUAAGCAGCUGUCGUAUCCUCUCUACAUAUCCGUAAAUAUGCAAGUGGCAACACCUUUUGCAGCAUUAACCGAGGAGAAAUCUCCGAACGUAACAACAUUGGGCACCUAGUUAAUAAUUUGUAUGAAACCGCACAUAAUCAGGAUAACUAACGGCUCUACGGUGGUGCUGAAAACACGUAUUCACUUAAUAUGAUUCCCUGACCUAUUCUAGUCCAUGUACGUCACACAAGUGCUCUUAGAGGGGACAAACAUGUGCCAACACUAGUGAGGAGAUGAGACUAACUAGCGUGGAAAUACUUCUUCAGAGAUUUCUAGAUACUUUCUCGCUUUUGAUUUCAAACUGUUUAAACAACGCACUAAUUCUUUACAAGACUUUCAAAAUUUUUGCCAUUAAUUACGAAAAAUUAUAGUUUUCAUUUAAUUCAUUACGAGAAAUUAUAGUUUUUUAGUUCUUUACAAUACUUGAAAACUUUUCGGUAUUAAUUACAAGAAAUUGUAGUUUUCUAGUCUGAAGGCAUGAUAAGAAAAAAUUCUCUUCAUACUAUGUUCUAAUUUUCGAUUUUUUUUUAAUGAGUUCAAAACGUAUACUUUGAAUGUUUACGUUGAUUAACAAUUCUACUUUAUUUUCAUACGUGAGAAACUUUGUUUUUUAUAAAUGUAUUUCGCAUUUCCUGUGGGGAAGAAAUGAUUCAUUUGAAUUCAAUUUGUGGAGAAACGUUCGAAUGGCUCAAGUUGGAAGCGAUUGCUAUAUCAGGGAUCAUCGAUUUUAGGGAAAAAUGUAAGAAGGAUCUCCUCUAUAUGAUUCAAAAGAAUUUCCAAUUUUCGACUGGAUUUAUUGUAUGAUAUCAUCAAUUGUUGGAUUAUCUCGAUAAUUAUCACUUACAGCUGAAAAUAUUGGAGAGUUGCAUAAAACGGAUGUGAAAUUACUCAUUCUUAAGCUAUUAACCAAAUGAACCAAACUGUUUCAUUGGCUUUUAGGACUCAUUUGUAAAAAAAAAGCAUGACAUUGAUUCGAAAGUUCUAUAUCAGGUUUAUUAUAAUCUUCAAAUUCCAUUAAAAACUUGAAGAUUUUUUCUAGAUUUUGUUUUUUCAAGUGCAUUAAUGAUAGUAGAUUAAAAUCUCCACAAGUUCUCUGGAUUACUUAAUUAUUUAUUUAAUUAUUGAGGAUCAGAUUGUUAACGAUUUAAAAACGAAAUCUAGAUGAAUUUCUGGAAAAUGUGUACGCCAACCGGAUGGUACUAAAACAAUCUCGUGAAGAUUUUUCCUUAAUCCUUAAAUGAUCUUUAUCUAAAAAAAUAUUUCAAAUCGUUUCAUCACCCGAUUUUUAAUACGAUUUUUUUCACAGACCACAAUUACGUUAUCAUUCGAAAUACAUAAUAUCAUUUAUUUAUUUCCACACAUUGAAUAAGAUUUGAUUGGAGUCGAUCAUUAUUAAAAAUGCAUAAGACAUUAUAGUCAUUCUGUUCUUAGAACAUUCCAAUCCAGAUGAUCAGGAUAUCAUAAUCAUUGGAAGCAUGAUGAAACUACGAACGUUUAAGUGCCUUAAACAUAAAAAUAUAAAGAAUAAUUUAUUUUCACAUUAAACAAAAUAGGGCAAAUUGUAAACUUCAAAUUGGGUAAAGGAGAUUUUUUUUCUUCAAUUUUGAUACGCAUUUACUUUAUGUUUUCGUAGUUUAUAUAGGAUUAGUGGUCAUGUAUACCGCAAUAUUACAGAUAUUAGUUUUUCUUUAUUUUGAAUAGUUUUUUUUUAUAUUAAUAAUGGAAUAAUAUAAACAAUGGAGUUUUUACAAAAUUUGUUAAUUUUCUUCUUUGACAGCCCAUGAGUACGAUGCAAUUAAUUGAACCUUCCACAAGGCUGUGAACUUUUGUAUUUUGUACCUGUAUCAAUAUAACAUUUAAUUUAUUAUUUUAUAAUAAAUGUGGCAGGUGAUUAGAAGCUUCUUCGGUUAUUGAAAACAAUUUACGUGGAAUGAACAAUAAAUAACGAUUCUUCAAUGUUUUUGUAAUCAUUCAACACUUUAUUAAUUUUCAGGAUUUUCUAUACAAGGUUUUAGUUUUCUCUGUGUAAAUUAGUUUUUCUAUUUUUCUAGUGGAGAAAGAAUCGGAUCGGUUCACUAGAUUCUUUAUUCUCGAUAUUUUCUUUGGACCACAAUUCUCAAUGAAUCUAGGAAAAGCCACAUAAGUUGCGAAAAUUCAUUAAAAUCUAUUCGCCACUCAAUAGAUAUUUUUCUAAAGUUGAAAGCAGGAGAAAUUCUGGCCCAAGGGUUAUUUUUAGCAUCAAACCAUGGAAAUCACAUCUCAUCCAAAAAUACAGAGUCGUGUUACAUUGUUGUUGUUUUAUUGUUAUACAUUGUUUAACUUUUUUUAACAAACAACAUAGAAUAAGAUAAAUAGUUCCUUCUCCACGAGGAAAAUGGCAAAUUAAUUUCUUCGAUUCUUAGCAUUCUUUUGAUAUUUCACCCAUUAAUAAAGCAAAUCAUAUUGAAUUCUAAAGGAAUUCAUUGACGUUUAUUUCGAAAAGGGAUAUUAUUUGGCCGGAGGAUUGAAUUUUAAUAAUAUUGAGGAUUUACAUCGAAAGAAUGUUAACUGAUGGAAGAAAUAAUCAACAAACUGUCAAGAGAAUAUCUGAUAAUUCCUUGACAUUAUGUCUUUAGUUUUCAUCUUUAAUCUCACGAUCACGUCUUUCACUUAGAUUUUUUCUAAUUAGCGUGAAUCUGGCUUACCUAAAAUAUUACUCUCAUUGAUUAUAAUUCUAUUCAAUCUUACGAGCUAGAUUCUUGUAAGGCAUAUGCGACUGUUUCAACGACGAACAAAUUGAGACAUCACUACAAUUUUAGUUCGGUAUUUCAUCGUCUUAGAAGAAAAUUUUGUGACCUAAAAAAAGGUUCUCCAACAUUUUCUUCCAUAUUAUCCGAAAUUUUGUCAAUAAAUAAUUAACAACUCUUUUAAUAAAUCCUUCAAUUUAUUGAUUA